CUGAUAUCCCGAGUUCUUUUUUCAGAACCACGAAUUCCAUACUGCCCGAAGACGUGCGGUCUCUGUACUGCAGGUUUGUCUUACCCGAUUUUGGCUUCAGCACAAAAGGCCACAUUCAUUAGUUUUUCCCUAAUUCGGUCCAACACAUUCCACUCGAACCCAUCUUCUCGUUAUUUCAGAUGUGCCAGCUGGGUUCGAAAUGGGUUCUGUACGAGCACCUUCUACUCAAAUGCCUACAAAAUGCAGUACUGUGGACGUCCUUGCGGUCUAUGCUAA